AUGUUUGGUGGCGGGUCUAGCUCUACUUCGGCGAAAUGUGAUCCCGCCGUCGCCGACUCUGCGAAAUUAGACAAGAAGUCCCCGUCGCCAGACCGAAAGCGGGACUCUACAUCAACUGGUACCCCGACCAAAUCCCCCGACCAAGCUGCUAGUGGCGAGAAGCGCAGUGGAAAUGGUAGCCCUCCUGGAAGGCAAAACCCCGAUACUGGUAGUGCAGAGAAAAAGCGUAGGAGCUCUGGUGUAGGAAGUAAAGCGAGUAGCUUCAUAGCUAGCGCUAAGAACACCUUGAAUUUUGGUCAAGUUGGGAGGACGAAUAGUGAUGUCAGCUCUCACACUCCUUUACAGAAGCUAGGGAAGCAAGAUCAGUCCCUUGCAGUGCCUCAAGGUCAGCACAACAAUUCGGCUGGGGAAUCCGUUCCCGGACCGCGAUCGACCUUCCGUGUCGGUGUCUGGGAGGAUAGGAACAAGAAAUGCCGUCGAACUAUGGAAGACACUCACGCGUUUCUUUACAAUUUCUUACAUACCCCGGCGCCUCAGCUUAUCCCAGAUUCCGGCAACAAGAGUCAAAAGUCACAGAAGUCUACAUCAGAAGAAGGCGAUCCUCAAUCUGACUCGGGUUCGCAGGAUAUGGUUGAAACUGACAAUGGCUACUUCGCAAUAUUUGAUGGGCAUGCCGGCACCUUUGCCGCGGACUGGUGUGGAAAGAAGCUACAUCUUAUUCUUGAAGACACUAUACGACGCAAUCCCAAUGUUCCCAUCCCGGAACUAUUAGACCAAACUUUUACCAAUGUCGAUGCGCAACUGGAGAAGCUGCCACUUAAGAACAGCGGCUGUACCGCAGCAAUUGCCGUUUUGCGCUGGGAGGAUCGAGUCCCAAGUUCGAGCUCCGCAACCGGCUCUCAGGCCAUUGCCCCGGCAGCCGCUGCGGCUUCGAAGGCGGCGGAGGCAUCGAAGGCUAAAGACGGCAAACCCGAAAGUGAUGGCCCUAGUAACGCAAUCCCCGAAUCAGCCCACGCAAGGUUGAAAAGUGCUGCGGUGCGCCAACGAGUCCUUUAUACCGCAAAUGUGGGCGAUGCCCGUAUCAUAUUAUGCAGAGCUGGUAAAGCUUUGCGUCUUUCGUACGAUCACAAGGGCAGCGACGAAAAUGAAGGAAAACGCAUCGCGAAUGCUGGAGGCUUGAUCCUUAAUAACCGGGUCAAUGGGGUAUUGGCUGUUACUCGCGCUCUCGGCGAUACUUAUAUGAAAGAUCUCGUGACAGGACAUCCGUACACCACGGAGACUGUCAUUCAACCUGAAGUUGAUGAGUUCAUCAUCAUUGCUUGCGAUGGACUUUGGGACGUCUGUAAUGACCAAGACGCAGUCGAUCUCGUCCGUGACGAACAGAAUCCCGUGAAUGCCUCCAAGAAGCUUGUCGACCAUGCCCUAGCUCGAUUUAGCACAGACAACUUGUCUUGUAUGAUCGUCCGAUUCGACAAGACUGCUCUAAUAGAGCAUCAAACCAACAAGGAGAACCCAAUUGGUGUAGAAGGAGAUACCACUAGUGCAGGCGGUAAUGUUAGCGAAGCCGAUAGGAUUGUGAGCUCAACUAAACAGAAGAUCGCUGAAGGCGAUAGUCCAGCUAUUGGCAUAUCAGCUAGCAACAGCGGCCGAGGCCAUGAUCUCGUACCUAUCGAUGGCGGAGACAGCUUCAAGCCGACGAUUAUCGAAGGGCCAGUUGAGGAAGAACCCCCAUCGUUAGAGGAUAGCGACGCGCCGGAAGUCACCGCAGACGCCAUACCGAAUCCAAGUGGUCUAGCUACUCCAGAAGCAACUUCUCCGAGUGCUGCCCGUCCUCCGUCGGCAUCCUGA